UUGUAUGGUGUAAAGACAAAACAGAUAAAUAAAAAAAACCAGUCUUGCUUUCAAGUCGAUAGAGAAAAACCCUCCUCUAGAACUAUCACUAUAAUACAUUUGAAACACAAAUAUACUUAGACUUAUUACUAUACCGGAAUCAAUGGCAGCUCCCGUUAAGGUGUUCGGACCGCCCAUGUCCACGGCAGUGUCCAGGGUUCUGGCCUGUCUAAUUGAGAAAGACGUCGACUUUCAGCUCAUUUCAGUUAACAUGUCCAAAGGCGAACACAAGAAACCUGAAUUUCUCAAGAUCCAGCCCUUCGGCCAAGUUCCAGCUUUUCAAGAUGAGAGCAUUUCCCUCUUCGAAUCCAGAUCCAUAUGCCGCUACAUAUGCGAGAAGCAUGCAGAUAAAGGGAACAAAGGGUUGUACGGAACAAACCCAUUAGCUAAAGCCUCCAUAGAUCAGUGGUUAGAAGCCGAAGCUCAAAGCUUCAACCCACCGAGCUCUGUUCUGGUGUUUCAGCUUGCGUUCGCGCCUAUGAUGAAGAUCAAGCAAAACCCUUCUGCGAUCAAGGAGAACGAGGAUAAAUUGGCUAAGGUUCUCCAAGUUUACGAUAAGAGACUCGGCGAGAGCCGUUUCUUGGCCGGCGAUGAAUUUUCUCUGGCCGAUCUUUCUCACUUGCCAAACACCAACUACUUAGUCGCGGCGGCUAAGGAUAAGAUGGAAGACCUUUUUACUUCGAACGAGAACGUGGGCAGAUGGUGGGCUGAGAUUUCGAGCAGAGACUCGUGGAAGGAGGUGGUUCGGAUGCAGAAGAACACCCCCAAUUGAUUGUCGUUUGUGAGUGAAAAGCUUCAUCGUUUUCCAAUUUUAUUGUCGUUUGAAUAAAUUUUAUGUAUCGUACUGCUCUGCAUUCGCAAGGUUUUAAUAUUAUGUGGAUUUAUUAUGUAGGUCA